UUCACAAAGCGGAUGUUAUUGCGUUUCUAUGGGAUUUUUCACACGGUUUGGUCAAUAGGGAUUGCCUGUAAAUUGGAUGAGUUUGUGGGAACGAUGCUGACGAAGAGGGACAAGCUACUGGUGAAGCCGUUCAUGGUGGAGAGAUACAAUCAGCACAGGAAGAAGGUGAAGAGUGCUGGUCCUCGGAUAGACUUCUCAUCGCCCCCAAUUUAUCCUCAUGUCAUGGUGAAAAUGAAGAAAAUCCAGAAGGAGAACGAGAGAAAAGCCUCAAUUGAGCGAGAAAAUGUGAGAUUGCUGCAGAAAUUGGGAGCUAUCAUGAAUAUGAGUCGCCUGGAAAAUUUCUGGAAUUCUACUCGUCCAAAUUUUCUCAGCCGAGAAUUUAUCUACACGCCACGCAGAUCAGCUUCCAAGGUAACUUCCGCACCAUCUUCUGUUCAGCAGAAGCAAGAGAGGGAAGUGUCUGGCAGUGCAGCUCGCUGUAUGGCUUGCAGUGGACGGAUUUCGACCAAAAAGAACCAAAUUGUUCCAGAGGAACGCUUACCAUGGGCCCCACCAAGAAAAUCUUGGAACCAAAAAAUCCUCAAUGAUACCACAAAGCCUCAUAUUUGCUGUCGCUACUGCUGCUGAAUUUCUUUUUAAUAAAAGAACUCUAAACAAA